AUGGCUUAUUACAAGUCUCUUCUCUAUUUCUUUAUUUUCUUCUCCAUAUUCAACUUCGAUACAAUUCUUACAGAAGGUAUUGGUCAUGUUCCGGCAGUUAUUGUAUUUGGAGACUCGCUUGUUGAUGUAGGUAACAACAAUUACUUGAAGCUUUCCAUUAUGAAGUCUAAUUUUCCUCCUUACGGUGUUGAUUAUCCAAAUUGGAAAGCAACCGGAAGGUAUAGCAAUGGAAAGAAUGCUGCUGAUUUCUUCUCUGAGCAUUUAGGAUUAGCGACAGCGCCACCGUAUCUCUCUAUAAUAUUAGCCCCAAACAAAGUCAAGGUGUUGCUCGAACAGGGUGGAAUCAAUUUUGCAUCAGGAGGAGCCAAAAUCCUAAAUGAAACAAACAAACUAUUUAAACAAUCCAUCUCACUCAACGAACAGAUAGCAUAUUUUAGAACAGUGCAUGCUGAGCUGAUGCAAGAAUUGGGAACCGUUCAAGCACAAACAUACUUGGAAAAAUCUGUGUUUCUUAUCGUAAUUGGUAGCAACGACAUUCUUGAGAAAUUUCUAGGUGUUCAUUUGAUUCUAAGAAAAACACCAGUUGAUAAUCAGUUCAUAAACUCUUUGAUAGUUAUACUGAAAAGCAAGUUAAAGACAAUUUACGAUCUUGGUGCACGCAAAUUUGCCGUGGUUGGACUCGGUUUGGUUGGGUGUUGUCCAAAACUAAGGAGCGGUAGUCUUACAGGGGAGUGCAAUGAGAAAGCAAAUUACUGGGCUGUUAAGUUCAACAAAGAUGUUAAGUCACUCUUGCAAGAACUCAAAGAAGAGCUUACAGACAUCCACUAUUCCUUAAUAAACACGUACGAUAUCAUGGUCGAUUUCGUACAGCAACCAGCUCACUAUGGGUUCAGUGAGAUAAAAUCUGCUUGUUGCGGAGGGGGGAAAUUACAAAUUCCAUGCCUACCGAUCACGCUGCACUGUAAGAAUAGGCGAGAUCAUAUAUUUUGGGAUCUAUACCAUCCAACUGAAGCCGCAGCGAAAAUAAUUAUGAAUGAAUUCUUUUUGGGUACAGAAAAGUAUGUCUACCCUGCCAAUUUGAAGCAAUUACUGGAGAUGUAAAUGGGAAUGACUACUAAAAAAAUGUAAUUCUAUAUACACUAAUAAUGUGAUCAUUUUACUUGUCCUAACAAAAAGAAACACACAGAAAAAGAACCAAAGAAACCAAAUAGUAAGCAAGAAAUUCAGAUCCAAGCCUACCAAAUACACCCCCAACAAACGGAACCCAACUCUUAACCAAUUUGAGACUGUCCCACCGAGAAGAAGUCCUAGCCACACCUCCAAGGGAUGCACCAACGCCUUCUGUCGUCGACCAGGACCACCACCAAGACAUCAUCCAGGGAACCACCAUCAACGAGAAGAAUCCUACCAGAAAGAGACCAAAUAACCACCAGCACACAAAACCCAUGGAGCAAUCACCAACAAAAGCCACCAUCAUCUGCAACCGCACCAUACUACCAAGAAUGCGAAGAAGCAGCAACAAAACCCGAGGAACUAUUGAGGAUACAGGGACAGAGCUGCAGCCUCAUAUCCAGGAAACCAAAAAACCACCCCCAGCAAAGCCACCUCAGAUCAAACCCAGCAGUAACCACAACCACACACCAGGCAUGAUGAAUUGAUCAACAAGAAA